AUGCCUUCACCAACCCCAACAACUUCGGACGACAGUGUUCCGCCAACAAACACUUCUUCUGAGAAUGCUAGCCUCACUAAUGCCACUGCCACUAAUGCCACUGCCACUAAUGCCACUGCCACUGACGCCAAGAGCAAAGACAGCGACACAAAUGCUAGCGCCGCAAAUAGCCAUGCCACACCAGUGCCGGACGGCAUUGCUCCGGUAGCCGCCGAUUCAGCUGCAGCCGCCGAAGCCGAACGUGCUCAUUAUGAACAACUCAAGAAAUCACUUCGACAAUCUCUUACCAUGAAAAAACAAUUACAAGAUGAUUUGGAUCGAUUACAACAACAAAUUUAUGAUUCAGAGACACUCUACUUAAAUAAUUCAACUUCUAACACUUCAACCAAUGGUAUAAGUCAUAAUUAUUACGGUAACAUUGUUAAAGGUUUCGAACACUUUACAAAAUCGCAUGGCCAUGGCCAUCAUGGUAGUAAUGCUAAUGGUAAUAAUGCCAACGGUGUUGAUCUUGCAUUUAAUGAUAACGAUAGAAUAUUCUCUCUAAGUAGUGCCUCUUAUGUAAAGCAAUUGGAAAAUAAUAAAUAG